UUGAAUUUUGAAUGUUGACGGUCGACGGGGUACUUCCGGGCACGCGCUUCAUUCUGGCGCUGGUGUCAACCGGGUGAACGAAGAAGGACGUACGGAACAUGUCAGUGUUGAGGAGUUUGGUGAACACUGGAGUUUCUCUAUGGAGGAGCUCAAUGCAGAUCUGCACCAAACACAUACACACAGGCGCGUGUUUACGCCUGCGCAUGCACGCCGUCCCGCCGCUGAAGCAGGUGGACCGGUGGACGGAGAAGAGGAGCGCGUACGGCGUCUACGACAACAUCGGCGUCCUCGGCGAUUUCAAAGCCCACCCUAAAGAGCUGAUCCGGGGGCCCGUGUGGCUGCGCGGUUUCCGCGGCAACGAGUACCAGCGGCUGACGCGCAAGAAGCGGAUGGUGGGGGCGCGCAUGAUGACGGAGGACAAGCUGGCGCUGGAGAAGAGACUGCGCUUCCUUUACCGCCGCUUCAACCGCUACGGCAAACACCGAUAGCGUGUGUGUGUUUGUUUGUGUGUGUGUUUGUGCGUGAUUUAUAGGAUGUACAACAAAAUCGACACGAUGUUACAAACGAUAUUCGGAUCAGUUUAUUAAAAAAAAAAAAAACAAUAAUUGAAAUAAUAAAACAACAAUAAUAAAUAA